AUGACCGCAUGCUUCUCCCGGACUGGCGUCGUCGCGUACAGGGACUACGACAAGCACGACAAAUUUACCGAGUGGUCCGGCUGGCACAGCCGUGAUGCUCACCAAUCCGAGACUUCCCAGGAGGCUCUCCUCUCCUUUGUCAGGGACCUGAGAAUGCACGGAGGCGCAGACUGGGCCGAGGCCAUCAAGACCGGCCUUGCUCUCGCCUACGAGCACAUGCGUCUCGAGGCCAAGACCGUCAUCCUCUUAUACUGCGACGCGCCUCCGCACACCGAGGUCGACGGCGGUUCCAUCGAUAAGUUUGCGUCCGAGAAUGAGGAGAACGUGUUUUCCUAUCUGCCAACCUUCAGGGCCAGGACGGUUUGCAACGACCGGCUCAACCCCGCCCGCGACCAGCUGAUCAGCAGGUUCGGUCUUCGGGUAUCCAGAAUGGAAGAUGCUGAGAAGAAGGAGCGCUUGAACAGGUUGCUAGAAGCGUCGUACGAUUUUGCCGCAGACAUUGCCGAGAUGAUCAAGGCGGUACCAGACGAGUCCCGGUACCUGUGCGUCUGCCUCGAACAGACUGUGCGCUUCUCCCAGUCCGAGAAUGCGGCGGACGAUGCCAACGACGACUCAAUGGAGUCCUCGCGCGACGAGCUGCUCGAGAUCGGCCGGUCGAUACCCAUGGCCAUGGCCCAGCAGGAACAUGGGCGUAACUUCUGGAGCUUGCUUCUGCAUCUGGUGCUCCCCGGAACCAUGCUUGCCGCCCGUCCUGCCGCAUUGCUGGCAGCCUUCAGCGUGCGCAUGGGAAUCCAGCCCCUCCAGGAGGUCGCAUACAAGGAGCUCGUGGCUUGGCGGGACAACUGGAACACGUUGGAUAUUCCGGAGACAUGGAACGUGAAUUGUCUGAGUCUGCUUCUGGAGGCCGACCAGAAAUACUGGUUGGCGGUGGCCGAGGGACAUCCAGGCGCGGGCAGCAAGGCCCUCCUGACAGAGGAGGAUCGCGAGCUGUUUGACGUCCUUGUCAGCUACAAGCUGCUGGAGAUGAACUUAGAUAUGGAGCUCAUGGCAGAAGUCGGCUGGUCCCCGGAGAAGAACAAGGCGCCCCUGGGACCGGUGGUGACCUGCCAGGUCUGCCAGUUUCCCCGGUCGGUGACGAUGAUGGCACCGAGGUGUCUCUUUUCUGCGGCCGACACCGACACCACUCUGGGAACCUGGGUUGAGUGUCCCAUGAAGACCUGUCGAGCGCAAUACGUGGUGUACAACCCGCCAAGACUCCAUGUCCGCCCAAAGUGCCAUUACUGCCGGCAAGAAGGUAUAACCUCCAAGUCCGACCCCAAUUACGAGACCAUCACAACGGCCCCUUGCGUUGAGUGCACCAAGUGCAAGAGCCGCGUCAUAUGGGCCGCCGCCUAUCGCCCGUCCUCUUUCGACCCUUCCACAUACCAGUGCCCGGCCUGCCCGGCUGGGACGCCGUCGACCAUCAUUACCGCCGAAGCCACGCCGCUCAUCCUCGCCAGCGAAAACGGGACGGCCUGGCUCCUCCGCAACGACGGCGCCACCAUCCGGGAUCGUUGGAAUCUUUCCCUCCAACGUCUCCUCCCAGCAUCCAUUCCCGUAGCACUCACCAUCCGCGGUAAGCCGGUCCACAACGCGGCCGCACUGGUUGCCACUCUCCGCCAGUGGAUCGCCGCCCGCCGCAUCCAGGCCCGCGCUUGCUCCCUCUGCUUCGCGUCCGCAGCCCACCGCGACCUGCGACUCGCCUGCGGCGGGCGCCGACGGUCCGGUCAUCAAGAUGCGCCUCGCCCCCGGCUGCGGCGUGGCGACGGAGAAGGUGGGCGGAUGCGACCACGUCAAGUGCGUGUGUGGGAAGCACCAGCCGACACGUUGGGGGAGAUCUAUCAACACAUGACUCAGGUCCAUCAGACCUGA